GCCAAAGACACGACAUCAGAGAGAGCAGGAAAGGAGGAACAACUCUGGACACAGUCCUGCUUCAUUUUCUCACCCUGCGGGGGACACAUAAAGCAUGUCCAAGGUAGGAGAACGAACAACAUCAACAACUUCUGCAGACUCCACUUCAACCGAUGGCAAAAGUGGACCGGCCUCGUCUCAGGCCUCUCCAUCGGGCUCGGUGUCUGAGACGCCAAAGAAGUCAUCCAAAAAGUCGAAGAAGAACAACGAAAGCAUGAACAAGGUCUACAACUCUGUGCUGAACAGCGUCUUCGGGGCUGACAGAGAAUUAGCACAAGGGGAAUUAGACGAGCUGCAGGAAGCCUUCAAGGAGUUUGACUAUGACCAGGACGGCUACUUGAACUACAAAGAUGUGGCUGAAUGCAUGAGGACCAUGGGGUACAUGCCCACCGAGAUGGAACUGCUGGAGAUCGUGCAGCAGAUCAAAAUGAGGAUGGGCGGGCUGAUGGACUUUGAAGACUUUACUGAGCUGAUGGGCCCCAGAAUGAUGGGCGAGACAGCAGACAUGCUGGGACUGAAAGAGCUCCAGUCGGCAUUCCUCCAGUUCGACUUGGACGGAGAUGGGAAGAUCACGCAGGACGAGAUGAAGGAGGCGGCCAAGAGCCUGCUGGGCGAGAAGCUGAAGAAAGGAGAGCUGGAGGAGAUCCUGAAGGAGUUGGACAUCAACGCAGAUGGAAAUAUUGACUUUGAAGAGUUUGUGAUGAUGCUCUCCAUCCGCUAGCCGCCAGCACUGCAACAAUAACUGAGCAAAAGUUUGUAGUUCAACAUAUACGACAUUGUGUGCCUAAGUGUCAUAACUGAAAAAAUAGUCAAUUUAGCGUAACAUGUAAAGAAAAUUGAGUAUGUUUUGCUACUUUAAUAAAGAAAUCCAAAA